AUGGGAGUUGAAAAUGAAUUUAUAAUUGGAAUAAUCGGUAUGGGGGAUAUGGGGAAGAUGUAUGCGAACAAUUUCUACAAGUCUGGUUGGAGCUGCAUCGUCUGCGAUAGACCUGAGAACUACGACAGCCUAUUUGCUUACUACCGCGACACACCCGUACAUGUAGUCAAAAACGGUCAUCUAGUAUCACGCAAGGCAGAUUUCGUCAUCUAUUCAGUAGAGGCGGAGUUCAUAGAUAGGGUAGUUGGGGAGUAUGGCGCGUCUACGAAAGUGGGUGCCAUAGUGUCGGCUCAGACCUCAGUAAAGGCACCUGAACGGGCUGCGUUCGAGAGGCAUCUUCCACACGAUGUGCAUGUAGUAUCCAUCCACUCUCUUCAUGGCCCCACCGUGAGUCCUGAGGGGCAGCCGUUGGUACUCAUCCAACACACUUCUCCAGACUGGGUACUGCGCAAGGCGGAGGAUGUCUUCAGCUGCUUUCGCAGCCGCUAUGUGUAUCUGACGUACGAGGAGCAUGACAUAGUUACUGCCAACACCCAGGCAGUCACCCACGCCGCUUUCCUCAGCAUGGGCACAGCGUGGAACAUGUCUCAGAGCUAUCCGUGGGAGCUAGACCGUUAUGUGAACGGGAUAGAAGUCGUCAAGUGCAACAUAGCUCUGCGGAUAUAUGCGAAUAAGUGGCAUGUGUAUGCGGGGUUGGCUAUUCUCAAUCCAAGUGCACAUGCGCAAGUGCGGCAGUUUGCUGCAUCCGCGACUGAGCUAUUCAAGUUGAUGAUUGCGGGGGAUUACCAUGGUUUGAAGGAGCGCGCUCUCGACGCUCGUAGGCGGGUGUUUGGGUAUAAAGAUGGAGUGGAGCCAGGGACGAACGGAAGCAAGAGUGAGCGCACACCUAUUCUGCUUAGUGAGAGCCUGCUCGAUCGCUUCUCACUCCAUCAGCCCUCCAGUCAGCACUGCUCGGCACGCAACUCACAUCUCACAAUUCUUGCUAUGGUGGAUUGCUGGAACAGACUGGGUAUUCAUCCCUUUGAUCAUCUAGACGUCGCAGGAACACCCCUGUUUAGGAUGUGGAUCGGUGUGGCUGAGUACCUCUUUAGGUCGCCCGAUAGACUGAAUACGGCGCUCGAGUCGGCGUCUUUUGACAUUAGCCAUCGCUCGGACGAUACAGAAUUCGUGGUUGCAACUCGAGGAUGGUCCGAGGUUAUCGAACAUGGCUCGUUUAGUCACUACAAGGACAAGUUUGAGUCGACGGCACGUUUCUUGGAGCCACGUUUCGAGGAGGCAGCUCGGAUGAACAAGGAGAUGCUCAAGGUGAUUAUGGAGAGUGGGGCACCCAAGACGGUCAAGAGCCCGCCCAAGAAGCCGGUGUCGUUGCCGCUGAGUCAGUGA